CCCCGACGGCGGGGGAGACUUCUGAGCCGGAGGCUUACCCAGCCGCGUCUCCUCCUGGAGCUGCCGAGGCGGAGCGCCACAGUGAGAGCCCGGGCCCCCGAUGACGCCACUGAGCGUCGGAGCAGCCCCGAGGCAUCUGACGCCAGGUUCCUGUGUGUGUUACAGAUGAGUGCCCGUGGUUUCAGCUGCUUUUAGUCGGGCGGCGUCCCGUGUGCCCCCGAGCGUCCUCACUGAUGUGCGCGUAGCCCUCAGAGAGAACCUGGAGUCGGAAGGAGGUGGUCUUAGGAAGACCCUGCCUCCGAGACGUGCGUGCGCCCCUCGCCCUCCAGGUGUACGUACCACACUGCCUUUGCGGCGUGUGCCCGUGUCCCCCGCCGGCUGCGAGCUCCAGACGGCGGCGAGCGCGGCCCCGUCCCUCUCCUCGGGGCCUGAGGCGAGGCCCACGCGUAGGAGGGACGACGGGGCGGAAGUACACGGGAGGAAACCCGGCCCCAGCCCUGCUGACAACAGGUGCUUCACUAUUCCCGAAGGUCUUGGUUGUGGUGGCUUCCGUAACAAGACCGGCUGAUGUUCGCGGAAAGCCCAGGAGGUAACCUGAAGAGGAGCAAGUGGGAAAACAGGCUUUAAUUCAAAGUACCCGGGCCACGUGCAUAGCUGCUCUCGGGGGCUUAGUUCGAGCCAGACGAUCCUCUCAAGAACCAGACGGGAGACGUGCCCCAUUUUCCUUGUGGAAGCAGGAAUCGAAUAAAAGUCCACUUACAUUCUUAUAAUUGUGGAACAUUCUAACCGUUCAGAAAAACACGUCAUUGUAACGAUUGUUUUUGGCCCGAAGUUCUCUCUCCCCGCCCCCUUAUUUUUAAAGGUGAAAAAUGAAGUUCUCCAGACAAACUCUGUCAGUGAAAGGGUAAGACGGCCCGUCUGAGGACACUGACCUCAAGGACGCCUAUCUCAUUCCGAGAAACAUCAUGGCUGAGCCAGACUACGUGGAAGAUGACAAUCCGGAGCUAAUUAGGCCUCAGAAACUAGUCAAUCCUGUCAAAACAUCCCGCAACCAUCAGGAUCUUCACAGGGAACUUCUCAUGAAUCAAAAAAGGGGUCUUGCCCCUCAGAAUAAGCCAGAACUGCAAAAGGUGAUGGAAAAGAGAAAACGAGAUCAAGUAAUAAAGCAGAAAGAAGAAGAAGCACAAAAGAAGAAAUCUGACUUGGAAAUAGAACUAUUAAAACGGCAGCAGAAGCUGGAGCAGCACGAACUUGAGAAGCAGAAAUUGCAAGAAGAACAAGAAAACACCCCAGAGUUUGUGAAGGUUAAAGGCAAUCUCAGGAGAACAGGCCAAGAAGUGGCCCAAGCGCAGGAGUCGUAGGCCUGGGCCACAGAGACCGCACGCCCAGCACACCACACGGGGAGGCCGUGUGCAGGUGUCUCCGCAGCACUUAAGCUCAGGGCAGAAGCCCCUGGAGAGAACCCCAGCCAGCAGAGAAUUGUUACUUUAAAAAGGAUUUGGUUUUGGUUUUCCUACAAUCUGGGUGGAUAAAUGACCUGUGACAGUUGAUUUCUAUUCGCCAAAUGAAGGACGUUGACCAGCACUUAAGUUGGGAUAAGUGAACCUGUGUUCAAAGACUUAAAAAAAACAAAAACAAAACCACAACAGCAAAAAAGAAAGAGGACACUGGAAUAAAUUCUUCAGAAUUGCACUACUUGGUUUUUCUUUCAGUCCAGGUUUAGUGGGGCAGAGAGCCUUUCUCCUUCUAAAAUCUAAAACAAAAAAACAAAACGUGUUUUGUUUUUUCCUUUAGGUAUCUGCUAGAUAAUUUAGAUCACAUAGAAAGGCAUUGAUCUGUUACAUCUUAUAUUUGUAAAUUCUCUGUUGAGAAUCCAGAAUUGUCUUGUGUAGUCCUACUGUCACCCGUGUUAGGUUGACACCUGAGAAUGUUGAUGUUAAUGUUGAGCACAGCUGUUACCUUUGUUGGCAUUAAGAUUCAGAAAUAGGGUGAGAAGGUUAAAAAACAUGGAAACAAAAAUACCUAAAAAUACGCAAACAAGUUACAUGUAAAACAUACGGAAACAAAAAACACAUAAAGGUCCGUCUUGAUCUUAUUUUAAUUGCUUUUGGUUCUCUGAUACUAGAAUGCUCCAUAGUGACAGUCCAGUUCAGAGAAGGCACAUUGUAUAAAUCCAAUUCUUGCUUUGAUAACUAUUAGGAUCUUGUUUUGUUUUGUGUUUGAAUUUCUUGCCGAGCCUAGUCCCUUUAUAUGAAACAAUCCUUCCGCUCCUUUGGAGUAUAAAAACUAGUUCCAUAUAACCCAACUUCAGUGUCAAACGUAGAGGGUCCAAAUCUUUGAGAACAGUGUGGGGGAAGCUCCCAUCGGGAGCCAGGCAAGGAGGACUUGUCUGGGUAUUCUAAUGUGAAACAAACGUAGAUCGGUCUCCAGGAGGCCUAGGUGGAAGGUUGAUAGCAUCUGUACAUUUUGGAUAUCAUUAGAAUUCCCAGUUUUGGAAAUUUCGGAUCAAGGAUCACAUACUGCUUUGCCUUGUUUCCCCCCCCUCCCCCCCCCCCCCCCGGUGAAGAAAGACUCUUUCGCUGCUCUGUCAGCGGUGAUGACCACUGUAUGCACCUCAGGAAACGCUGAGGUGAAGGGAGAGGCCGCCCAGCUUCCGCACACCAGCUAGCUUGCUAUCGUAAGUGAGUCCCAGGCGGACAACAGCGAAAUCCUUACGCAAAGUACGUUUUAUUACCGCUGGUACAUUUUACUGGGGGUGGUCUGGAAGAAUUCAUGUGGAUUCAGUAUGUUCUCCAUCCAGGCGAUUCAGCCAGUAAUUUCUACAUUGCAGAGUCCUCUCCUUUAAAGGCUCAUAGAAAACUGGAUCCUGAGCUUUUAAUCCUAAUAAGCAUAGUAGAAAUCAGCUUUCUGUGGGAAUGCUUUAGUUUUCAUAGUUGACAGGCUCAUACUCAGUCCUCAUGUGAACAAGAUGAAGGUAAACACAGAGACAGCACAUACUGCCAGUUAGAGGACAUGUCGACCACACCCUCAGUGGGUGAUUUCUCACCAGUGGGUAUUAUUUGAACGAAACAUGAGAUGCUGAAGAUGAAAUGUUGCUCUGUAAUAGUCUACUUUUGAAGGAUGGAAUGGUAACUUUUUUUUUCCAUCCUCCUCCUUUUUGAGAGAAGAAGGUAUGUCACGUGAUCCUCUUGAAGGUACAUUUCUGAUUGCACGCUGACUGGAGUGCUGUCUUUGUAUAUAUGGACUAAUGAUGAGAUUUGCAGGAUGAAGAUUCAGGACUAGCUCAUAGCCUUUCACCUAACUGGAUGCUGGAUCUUAAGUCCUGCGUCUCUGAAGUAAUUCUGCCACUCGAUAGAAUUCUCAAGGGUCCCUGACAGACUCCUUCAGAAGGACCGAUUCUGUUCCUAGAACUUACCUAGAAUUCGUUCUUCACUGGCAAGAAAAAGGACAAAAGCAUCUCCCUCCCAGUCUCACUCACCAGUCUGCACAGUUACGUGUAGCGAGUAGUACACGGUCUGGCCAGAAGACUUGUAAAUAGCGUGAGGUGAUGUCUUACGACCAAACAGUGGGAUGUACAGGUCGAGAAGCUCCCUGAAGCCGUCAGCUCAGCUCAGCUCACAAGCCCGAGUUUAAAAGGGUGCCAGUCUCCCCUCCACACGUUAAUACUGUGCGGCCCAAACCCCUAGGACUCCUGAACAUCCGGGCAGUUUUGUGCUUUGAGCCACUUUUUGACAGAAAUGGCUCCAUUUUUCCACUCUGUGGUUUUCUUAAAAUAGUUCAGUGUUUUAUAGUCUCCUGGUAGUAAAGGAGUGUUGCUUUCUAAGCUGCAACAGUUGACUUUAUUCUUCUACUCUGAGAAAUCUUGACUUGUUUGAGUGUAUAUAAUAUAUAUAAAGGGAGCCUUAAUGGAUUUGUUUUCAUAAUUUAAUAUUUUUUGUAUUUGCUCUUGUAUAAUUGUUUUUAAUGGAAAGUAUUACAGAACUGAGGGUGGAAUUCUUAGAACCAAAGUUAUUCUUAAUAAAAAUCACCACGCGCUUGGACCACG